AUGACAGCUAUCACCAAGAGAGUUUUGGUGCUUCAUGGAUACUCGCAGAAUGCGGCCAUCUUCAGCAAACGGCUAGGAGCGUUGAGGAAGGAAUGCAAAGAUAUAGAAUUCGUGUUCGCAGACGGACCAAUCAUCCUUACCCCUGCCGACCUUUUUGGCCCUCCGUCUUCAUUAGACUCACAGUCUGAGGUGUCUGCCGUGGUGGACGAUCCCAGCCUUACACCAAGGGGGUGGUGGAAAGCAGACAAGAGCAAGCAGACCGCUGUGGGGAUCCAGGAAUCGAUAUUGAGUAUUAGAGACCUGUUCAUUGGCCAGAGAUUUGAUGGUGUGCUUGGGUUUAGCCAAGGUGCAGCGUUCGCUGCUGUAAUUGCUUCUCUCCUUGAACGACCGCACCUGUACCCUCCAUUCCUCGUCGACGGGGAAUCACCUCAUCCUCCGUUUAAGUUUUGUGUGGCGGUUUCCGGGUUUAAACCGCUUGAUCUCUUCUGCGAACCGUUCUUCACGCCCAGUUACAUGACGCCCACGUUGCAUGUAAUUGGCCGGACGGAUGUCGUUGUGGUGGAGGAGAGAUCGCGUCAACUGGUCGGCGUUUCGGCAAACAAGAGGGUGGAAGAACACGAUGGUGGACAUUUCGUGCCAUCCAAAGGCAACUGGAGGAAAUUCUUGGCAGCGUACAUGAGAGAUCACAAUGCGCCACAUCCAUCGCCGAGUGCUCUGCCAGAAUCUGGGCCGUCGUCUGGAACGGCGACGCCGACCAGCUACAGGGAGGCGGCGAUGAAGCUGUGA